AUGGCGGAAGAGGAGCCUGCUAGGGAGGUAGAGGUGGCACCUAUGGCAGAAGAGGAGACUCCUACGGAAAUUAAGGAAAUUAAGGAAGAGGUGGCUACCAGGGCGAUAGAGGAAGAGGCUACAAUGGCGGUAGAUGAGGAGGUUUGCAGGGCAGAAAGGGAGGAGGCUCCUAUGGAGGUAAAGGAGGUUCGCAUGACAGAAAGGGAGGAGGCUGAGAAAAGAUUUGUUGAGAAAGACUACAAUGGCGCAAGUAGCUAUGCUUUGAGAGCUCAAAUUCUUUGUCCAAGCUUGGAGGGUAUAAAAGAAAUGAAAACUACAUUUGAUGUGUAUGUUGCAUCUAAGACAAAAUUGAAAGGGGAAAUUGAUUUCUAUGCAAUUUUUGGUCUAAAACCAUCUGCCAUUAAGGCUAGGCUCAUCAAACAGUAUAAGGAGAUGUAUAAGGCAUUUAAGCUUCUAUCGGAAACAUGGAAUAUAUUGUCUGACCUCAGUGAACGAACCGAGAAGGAGAAGAAGGAGAAGAAGGAGGAGAAGGAGGAGAAGGAGAGGUGGUGGUUUCUAACUAGCCUAGUACUGCCACAAUUUCUGGCACAGUGGAGCUUCAAUCAGUGGUGA